AUGGUAGGAGGCACUGACACGGACAACCUGAUCCGGCGGAUGUUGGCAGCAGCAUUGACAAAUGGCCUGGCCAGUCAAUACAACUGGGCCGGCAAGCAUGAUAAGCGUUGUUUCUCCACCAAGAAGCCCUUCAAAAACACUGCGAUGCAAGGCUGCUUGUUAGGUAAGUCUCCUCUGCCAAAACUACAAUUGUUUAAGUUUAGGUCAAAGUUUGUUUAUUUGUCUCCUGUAGGAGAAACUUGUCUUUGAGUUAGAGCCCCACUGCAUACAUGUAACAUUUAACAAGUCAAAAAGAAAAAACACAAAAUUGAACACAUACAAAAACAGUAAACUACGAGACAGAGAUAUUGCAUAUAUUCCCUUAGUUAAGGUCCAUCUAGCUGUUAAGCAGUCUUAGAUUUCCCAUUUUGAUUGACAGAGUGCUUAUAUCGGUUUAAUUCGCACCAUGGUGCCCUAUACCUCCUACUAGAUGGUAGUAGAUUAUGCUCUGGAUUCAGUACAUGUUAGGGAUCAGACAUAAUAUUCCAAGCUUGCCUCAUUACUGCUUGUUCAAAAAUGGCCUGAGGAGUGAUCGGGUGGGUCGACAGCUCCAUGAUCUUCCCCGCCAUAUUUGCCAACAUAGAGAUUUGUGAUUUAUAUGUACAGUCAGGUUUCCAAACGAGCUGGAUAUACCAUACCUUAAGACAGACUCUAUAUUGGCCCUGGAGAAAGUCAACAUAAUAUUCAGACAGACUCCGAAGAGCCUAAGUCUUCGAAGAAAGUGUAGACACUGAUAUAUCGUUGAACACAUAGUUGUAACGUGUGUGCCAGUUGAAAUCCUUAUUGAUCAGCACUCCCAGGUACUUAUGGGAGAAGACUUGUUUGAUGUUAUGGUCAUGAACAAUAUGCUUGUUAUCUUGUCUUUCAGCUGCUGCUCGACAGUGUGAUCACAAAAUGAGCCAGAUGCACUUCGAGGAUAUGGUCAAGUCUUGGCUGCGUUUUGCACCAAACCGACAGGGAGGCAUCCCAAGAAAUGCUCCGGAGCAGCAGGGAGCUGUCCCAAGAAGUCCCGAUGCAGGUGGCAAAUGA